ACAGUCAAUACCAGUGCUAUAUAAUAGUUUGUCUUAAAGUCAAAUAAAAGCACUUUUAAUAAAAGUGUUGUCUUUGAUAUUAAUGCCUCAAUCGAUCAGAAAACCACUUCAAUUGCUAAUAGUAUUAUAGUUUUCACUAAAGACUUAUGAAAAGACAUUAAUUCAAUUAUUGACAAAAAUUGAAAUAUUAAGCAAAAUUAUUGGACAAAAAUGUCUAAAAUUAAGAGAAAGCAAAAGGAAAAGAAUGACAAAGAGUUAGUCGAUUGUAAUGUCAAACCAGAAGAUAAUGGGAACAAAUCCAGUGAUACUAAGUUAACGGACGACAGGAAAUCAAAGAAAAUGAAGACUAAAAAAUCAAAGGAAUCGAUCAAAAGAAAUGGAAGAUUUGAAACAAAAAUCAGAAGAAUUGUACGAUAAUAGUGAAGAUAAGGUAAUUGAAAAAAGUGAACGAAAAGACAAAAGAAAUAAAAAAUCAAAGAAAAGUAAAAACAAAGAGUUGAAUGAAGAGUAUAAUGAUUGUGGCACUGAUGAUGACAAACACAGUCAUAAAAGUUUCAAUUUGGGGACACAUCUGAAGGCAAAAGUGAUUGUAGUUUGCGGUGAACCACAACUCAAACUAUUCAGAGUUAAUGAAUCGGAAGGAAGUGAUGAAAGACAUAUCUCAGAGGAGGACUGCAGUCAAUACACCAAUGGUUUGGUCAUAAAGGCUGACGAAUGGCUGCUUUUCAGAGAUAUUGUUCAAAAUAUCGACAAUUUAAUGAACUAUAAUAAUUAA